AUGAUAUACAAUGAUUAUAUCUUCAAUAUUAUUCAUUUCUUUAUUUUAUUUAUUAAAAUCGAAGCAACAAUCAAAAGUUAUAGAUUCGAACAGCAAAUUGGAUCAACAGUCGUGUUACCACCAUGUUUUCCAACAGUAUCAUCAUCAAUUGAUGAUGUUACAACAAUUUUAUUUAAAUCCGAUUCAGGUGAAUUAUUAGGUAUGAAUGGAAUAUUAAUUUCCAACAAUCCACGUUUAAUGAUAAAAAAUCUUCAUCCUUUCGAGUUAACAAUUGAAUCAAUUGAACUAUCAGAUGAAGGUCAAUAUGAAUGUCGAACUGAUCAAAUAAUUAAUUAUAUUGUUCAUUUAAUUGUUAUUAAUUCAUCAACUAUUCAUUUAAAUGUACUCGAAGGUUCUAAUAUUACGUUACAAUGUAAUGAAAAAGGCAUGUGGAUUAUCGAAGAAAGUCAUCAAGGAGGACCUGUUCGUAAACAAUAUACAACAGAAUUAGUAUUGAAUAAUUUACAACGAAAUGAUAAUCGUUUUCAAAAAAUUAUUUGUUCAACACUUGAUGGACAUGAAAAACGAGAAUAUAUUAUUGAUGUUAUGUAUAAACCAACUGUCAAAUUGAUGAUGUCCGUAAGACAGAAAUUAAUGUGUAUAAUAUGUGCUCAUCCAUUGCCACUUCGUACACAGUGGUGGUGGAAUACUCGAAAAGGACAUGAUGAUAGUAUUCAUCAAACAAACAUCAAUCAAACAUGCAUUGCUCAACAAUCUAUUUUUGUACUGGAAAAAGAAUAUGAUAUUGAACAGAUAAUUAUGUGUGAAGCAGAAAAUAUGCAUGGAAUAGGUCGAGAUAGUUUACAAUUAAAAACACGUAAGAUGACAUAA